AUGUCCAGAACGAAUACCUUUUACAGCCUCGGCGUAAUGCCUGCAUUGAUGGGGCUGGGGCAUUUGGCUCCAGCCAUAGGUGCUAUACAGGCUGCAACCGGCUCGUAUCACUUUCCUGUGAGGCUACUCGGACUUAUCGGUACCAUAUCAGCUGUCGUAGACUCUAUGGACACAUACAAAGAUGUCUCGCCGUCCAACCGGCCUGCCAAGUGGAUAUGGAACCUUUGGGUAUAUGGCCUAUGGGCCAUUGUCCUAGCGUGUACUGCGACGUUAGACCUUCACACCGUAUACGACAUAUACCGUGUCCUACCUCUUGGUUUGGCUUGGGGCAUCCCCUGCGUACCAUUGUACUCCAUCUCGAAGGGCUGGGUUUUAAGCAAGCCCAAGACUCUGCUAUUCGAGGCAAAGUCAUUGGUUGUGGCCUUCUGUAUGGCAAGUGUUUGUGCCGAAGCCAGCAUGGCCUAUUGCUGUCGACAGAAGGAGUAUCAAUGUCCAAACAGAGAUUUACGGGCAAGAAGCUUCUAUCUCGCCGUAUUAUACCAAUUCUUCCGUGAGACUUCAUGCGACAUCAGGGAUAUUCCAGAAGACACGAAAGAGGGCCUAAAAACACUGCCUGUCAGGCUCGGCAAGCAGAACACGGUGUUACUCUUGGCUACGGUUGGCGUUUUAGCCGAAUCAAUUCUCACCCACGGCAUCGACAUAAUAACCACAGGAAUUGUUGUCAAAGCCCCAUUGAUUGCCCGUGCAUUUCUGCGAGUUGGCAUGACAAUGUUGGCAUAUUGGCAAGUCUUGAGGUUUCCCAGGCAGAAUUCGUGGGCUUGGGGAUCUAUGUCUUUACUGGGAUUGACUCCAGUGCUUUUUGCACAAGCUGCUCUUCGCGAGUGA